ACACAAUUCUGUUAUUUUUAGUACAAUUGAUAAAUUCUAGAGAGCAUAAAGUUCAUUUCCGUCUGAACGAGCCAUGGCACAGCUACGGACGGAGAGGCAAUACGGGUGACUGGUAUAAAAGAAGACUGGCAAACUAUCAACGCAAUUAUUUAAGUUAUUCAGGUCGAUUUUUGCUACAUCCACUUAAUCCGGCAAUCCUCCGUGCAUCAUCAUCAUAACGAAAAGCAAUUAACAACAGACAUAAACAAACCGAAAGAAAACUGACUACGAAAUGGUUGGCACUUAUACAGUUGCAGCAAUAUCGGGGAGCUGCGGAUUUCUACUUGGAGGUACCCUUUAUGGAUAUUAUUUAUGUUGUAAAGCACAUAAGAAGAAGAAGAAUGUCUACGAAACAUCAAAGUUAGUUGACGAGUAUAUGUAUCUUCAUUACGGAUCUCCUCAGGCUUCCACCCAUGCUGACUGGUAUAAUAACUUUCAAAUUAAAGAUGGAUUCGAUUUCCCUCUUCGAUGUGCCAUAUUCUGUGAUAAGUACUGCCCCAAAGAGCCGCGAUCUACAGAAUCUAGGCGAGCUUUAGAUAUUGGAUGUGCAGUUGGAAGGUCAACAUUUGAACUGUCACAAUAUUUUGAGGAAGUUAUAGGAAUUGACUACAGCCAAGCAUUCAUCGACCAAUGCCUUUUGUUGAAAGAGAAGAAAAUACUAGAUUUUUCUAUUGUCAGUGAAGGAGACAUUUAUGAAAAACACACAACUACAUUAUCGAGCUCUGUGAAUGUUGACCGAGUUAAGUUCCAAGUUGGUGAUGCUUGUAACCUACCAAAAACUCUUGGUAAAUUCGACUGUGUUCUUGCUGCCAACCUGAUCUGUCGUCUGUACAAUUCAAUGCUUUUCAUUAAGAGACUGCCAGAAUUAGUAAAAGAGAAUGGUAUUUUAGUUCUUACAGCACCGUAUACUUGGCUUACUUCUUUCACCCCAAAGUCUCAUUGGCUUGGUGGCUACUAUAAUGAAGCAAUGGAACCGGUUUAUGGAUUCGAUGCCUUAAGAAAAGCACUCUCACCACAUUUCAAAUUGAUCAAAGAAACCGAAAUGCCGAUGCUGAUCAGAGAGACUCAAAGGAAGCACCAGUGGACAAUUUGUCAUGUCACUGUUUGGCAGCAUCUACCUUCAGCAAGAUCUGUUUAGUAAAUCUUUCCUUCUAAUCUGUUCCUUCUGGAAUAGCCUUUUUAUUUGAAAUUUAUAUAGUCCUUUUUAAAUCAAAACUCAUGAGAAAGCAUUUAGAUAUUUUUGUUAAAAUUGUUGGACUCUAUUUUUCUAUGAAUUUAUAACUGAUUUCCCACAAUUUUGAAAUAUGACAAGAAGUAUUCUGGAAUUUUUGUUUACUUUUUUACACUAACAAUAAUCCUGUUGGAUUUACCUGACUGUUAGUAUUUUUGAUUCUGGCAAGAUGGCUUCAUUAUUUCUUGCAUAAUAUUUUUUUUUAUAAGUCUAUUGUGAUUCAAAAUCUUAAUUAUGUAAUGUCUCAUCUGAAUGAUUGCUACUUUUCUCAAGUUACAGUGAAAAUAAACAUGAUAUAUUUCAAAGAAAAUAU